AUGUACAAGGAAACGCUGGGAAACGCGUCACGUACCUACAUCCAACGGCCUGAGUUACAGGUCUUGGACUCGACCACGCAUCGAGUUGGACCCGGCUCGACUCGAUUCGCGACGGCAGAGACUCAGCGGCAGGCGACAGGACCAUCGUCUGCGCUGAUCUCGCUUGGUAAGUUCAUCUAUCCAUCUCAGUCUGCACCUACUCUCGCAAAAACGUCGCCGCAAAGUUCGUUGGCGGCCCCUGGUCCUCGUGCGUACGCACAGGACGGCGGUAGUUCCUCACUGGAACGAGAGCCGUCACAAACGUCGCCCGCCUUGUCGACGGCAUCCACGGCCGACCUUGACGACGACAUCGAGUCAUCCCCCUCCCUUCCGCCGCUGCCCGCACCGCGGUUGCCUGGCCGAGUUGCCGAAAUACUGAGGACCCCCCCUGUCGACGCAGGCGAGUUCGGCACGGCCAGCUGGGGCUCCCCGUACCCGCGGACCGAUCACAAUCUCCGCCGUCUGAGCCUCAGCAGCGAACCUUCCGACGACUCACCAAUCCAUCACCUGACAAUCGAUACUCCCUUCCUGCGACAGCAAGUCGCCUCUGACCCGUCCGACACCGAGCCGCAGACCUCGAUCAGUGCUGCUGCCGCCGUGCUCGCCAACCGAGUUCGGCGACAAAAUAGUCGCUUGACCGAGGACUGGAUUCGUACCCACACAACCGGAAUUGCCAACGCGGAACCAAAGCACUGGUUCAGCGAGGGAAGCGACUCCGAACACUCUUCGUUGAGUGGCUCCGAGCCUGCUUGGCUGAACGAUAGCGACGCCCGCACCCCCAAGGCAGCUCGCAAGGCCAACUCGCAGCCCGCAAGACCGCCGCGCUACCCGCGUGCGCCAUCCAGCGUCGAGACGUUGAAGCCUGGGGACUCCUUCAGCUUGAAACCGGGCGAGAUGAUCGACCUGGUCACCAUGGAAGAGUCCACGCCGGUGCCUGCGUGGGAUUUCCCCUCCGACUCGUCUCAGGGAAUUGGAAAGCAAGAUUCCAUCCCAGAACCCGAGUCGUCGACCCAGCCCACGACAGAGGUCAUGAACAAAGGACCCGCAACGCCAGUCAAGGCCGUGCAGAGGCCAUUGCCCGAGGAGCCCGCCGCACCUGCUCGAACGAGGAAAAAGCUGCCGUGGAAGGGCAAACACAUCGUCAUCAUGCUCCCCCGGGACGACCAACGUGGACAGCCAGGGAAGAGCCCUAUGCCUCUGCGAUCCGACGAGAUAAGGAAAAUGUUUGAAUCGUGGAAGGAGCUGGGCUACGGUGUCGACGGCUUUGAUCUCGCAGUCGACGGCUUCCAGCCCCCAGACACCGACGAUUCUCAAAGUCGUUCAGGAUGGCCCGCACACGAAGAUGUCAUCCAAGAGCGGGCCACCGGCAAGUACCCGGUCAUGCUACCGGACCUGAAUGGUGAGUUUGGUGCUUCGUAUCUACGGCACCCACACACUGACAGACGCAAUUUGAUAGCAUGGAAAAACUAUGUUGAUGAGCUCCAAGAGACCAAGCUGCGUGCCUUGGGUGUCUUUUCCGCCGAAGAAGAGCCAGAAGAGCCAUCAAUUUCUCCCCUUUUGACGAACCCAUCGCGGCAGCCAUCGGCCCAAUAUCCUCCCCUACCAUUCUCGCCCCCAGUCCCGGCCUCGUCCGCCUCCAGCAACCCCGCCAUCUCCGGGUAUCCAUUCCCCGGGCAGCUUGUUCCGAUUUCUCCGAGCCCUGGCCUUUCCUCUGGCGCCUCCCCGGUGCCAUUUGCUACUGGACCUGGCCAGUUCAACUCUCGCCAGUCCGUCUCACUGCCACCGGCCGGCUCUGCCUUCCACCGACCAGCGCAGUCGCCUCCGGGGUGGCCUACUCAAGCCGGUAUACUGCAUGGUUUAAGCCGGCAUGAGCCAACUUCCCUGAGCAAUCUCGAUGGCAUCCUCUCGCCCCAGUCGCCCUAUGGACUCGAUGGCCUGCUACAAGCUGGGAGCCCUGCCUUCAACUUCCCCCAAAGGCGUCAGUCGUUGCAAUACUCGCCGGAGCUGCUGGGACAACAUCCGGUGGGUGCCAUGGCCUCGCCACGCCUGCCUGAAGUGCAUGAGGAUAUCGAGAUGUUUGAGAAGAGCUCGCCUGAGAGGCCAGUGCUCGCCCAGCCUAACUCGGAUAGUCUCCAGGCGGAGAUUGAUGAUGCCGAGUAUCACUUGGAAGAGCAGCUCCGCCAUCAACUUGAACACGAGGACUACAGCCCCCACACGACCGAGGACCCGGCUGCUGGCGCCGACGCUCCGGCUUCACCGCAUUCUCGCGGUGCAUCUGCUGACCUGGAUGUGACCAAGUCGUCUGCCCACGAGCCUGUUGAUGAGCCCCUCGUUUUGCACCAUCCACGACCCCAUAGCCGAGGCCACUCGCUGUCGCAGAACUUCUUCCGAGAUCACGGUGAAACGCAAGCCGAACCAGCUCGGAGUGACGUUGUUCGGCCUGGUGAUUUGAUAAGCAUUUCUGAGAGCUUUGAGAUUGACCAGUCCCAAGAAAUGGAAACAAACCUGAGCAAUUUUGGAACCCCGAUCACGACAUUUGGCUUUACCGCCGCCCCGGAGCACCAGCGGGCCUUCUCGUCCACGGACAACCCUUGGCAAGAGGCAGAGCCGCCGACAAGCUCUCGGCGAACAAGCCAUGCCAGCAAGCCAUCCUUAUCGAAGCUGAAUGUCCAAGCGCCCGAGUUCAAGUUCAAUCCCGCAACCUCUUUCACUCCUGGCCAGUUCAACUUCUCGGGCAACUUUCAACCUGCCGCCUUUCAGGCAGGGCACGUGGCGGGCUCGCCCUCAGUCCAAUCUCUUGCAUCACAAGCCAGCAGCUCAUCCAAAUUUCAUGCGACGGCCCCGUCCUUUGCCCCAAGCCAGAGCGACUUCAACUUCUCCAUGUCUGGUCCAAAGUUUCGACCGGAUGCCCCUUCCUUCACGCCCUUCCAAUCUCGCUUUGGAUCUGCCGCCAGUUCGGCUGGGACGGGAGAUGAUGGCAUCGACAAGCGAAACUCCAUCUUUGGGAGUAUCAACUUCCAGUCCAACGACGUUGCUAAGCCUGCCAAAUCGUCCAAGGCUAUUCCGAUUGUUAGACCAUCCAGUAAAUCGUCUGCGAAAUCAGUUCUGUUUUCCACCCCAAUCGAUGGCUUCUCCGAGGGUCCAGACGGCCGUCCAGUUAACGAUUCUCGAGUCAAGCGGACCAAAAGCGAGGCUCUUAACGGCGAUGAUGUGCCCCUCUUUGCCGAUCGACCUGGUACUGACGUCUCUGAAGAUGAGCCUGCCGAGGACGCGAAUGACGAUCGUCGCGACGCAGAAAGGUCUCCCCGAGUUGAUACUUCGAUUUCGUCUAUGGUGGCCUUGGAUCAGAUGAGCUCACAGGCCACACCUUUCACUCCAUCUGAAUCGUCACCAGCCGAGAAUGCCAACACAUGGUCGCCCUUUGAAUUUGACAGCAAGCGCGAGGCCCAGAAUUUCAGCGAGUCUCGGAUUUUUGGCGAUGAUACCUUCAGGUUGCGCCAGAGCUCAGCUCUGUCUGCUACGGCUGCGUCGUUUCAGCCCACCAGCGCCAAAUAUGAGGAUGAUCAAGUUCAGUAUGAAGUUGUCGAGCCUGUCAUCACUGGGGCUUCAGCGACAGCCGAUUCUGAAGGCAGCGAAGAUAAAAUUACUCGAAACGGCCUGGAAGCGUCACACAUUACUUCGCCAUCGCCAAAACUCGGGGGGUUGGCGGGUUCCCGCUUCGCUAGGGACCCAUCGCCAGCGUCCUCGGAAGAAACAGAAAUUAUAAGGACCGUUGAGGAAGCCCCCGGCUGGCAGGCCAUGCAGGCUCCUGUUGGACAACCUAUUGACAUUUCUAAUGCUCGUGAACCAACUUUUGAGGAGAUCGAUGCAGUCAUGCAACAUCUCGAGAAUGACCCUUCGAUGGGAGUGAAUAAGUCUAAAGCAACGAAUUCCCCUUGGCAACUCCGGUCUACUGUCGACGGCGAUUCCCCCAGCCACGGCCAGCAAUCCCCUGUAGACCAGCUCGUCAGGGAUGGAAAUAAUCACACGCCUCGUCAACUCGCAUCUCCGUCUAAUGCUGCACCGGUUGUCGAUACCGAAUUAGGGGGUUCGUUCAUCAUCCCAUCCAUCAGCCCUUGCUCACCCCACCCGGCCAACGAACUCACCGGAGCAGAUAUUGACAUCGCGUCUAACAAUUGGGAAGCUCCUUACCCCCAUGGCGAGCAUGUGAAGCUUGAGAGCAACUCUCAUUCCUUUGACAGUCGCAUUUACGAGGCCUUGAGCAGCUUGCUCGCCUCCAAACUGGAUCCAAUGGAGAAGAAAUUGGCUUCCAUUCAAGUGACCAUGGCCUCCAAGUCUCGUCGCACUCCCUCACUCCGCGACGUGCGCAGCAUCUCAGGUGAGAUACAGGAGAGCGACGCCGAUGACGAGGACGAAGAGCCGAUGACUCGCCGCUCUGUCAGCCCGCGUAAGGAUCGCCGAAUGGAUCAUAUUCGCCUUGCCGUCAUGGACGCCCUUGCAUCGCAGGGCAUGGCUGCCUCUGCCACUGGCAGGGAAUCGCUGCACAAUGAAGAUUCCGUCCUGAGAGCGCUGGAGGACAUCAAGGAGCAUUUGACCGCUUCCCUUGGCACAAUUGCUGAAGGGCAAGCUAAAGUGUCCAGUUCAGGGGUUACAAGCCGGGACAUGCCCGCCUCGGUGGCCGAUGAGCAACUCCAGAGCAAGGUAGAUGAGCUGCCAACGACGGUUGGUAGUUUCGAGCAACGGUUGCACCAGGAACAGCUCAAAAUCGAGAAGGAAGCGACCGAGCGCAGAGCAGCUGAAGAUGCCGCGGCCGAGCUUCAUCGCAAACUCCAAGCUGCCGAAUCUCGCGUUGAGGCGGAAAUUAUCAACCGAAGCGUUUUCGAUCAGCGUGUGUUAGAUUUGGAGGAGCGUUUGAGACGACAGGAAGCGAUAUGCGAGGAGGAAAUCAAGAAUAAACGUGAUGCGGAAGAUAGGCUCGCCGAGGUUCAGCGUCUGCUGAAGAUUUCGUCCGAGGAAGAAGAUCGCCUAAAGGGAGUUGUUGAUGAGAGGGAUGAGAGAAUUCGGUCUCUCGAGCAGUCAAGCGGCAAAUCUGCCAUGCGCAUGGCCCUUCUCGAGGCUACUCAGACCAACUCAACUCAAUCACAGUCGGAAAUGACCAAAAAGCUCAGUUCUCUGGAAGUCGACCUGCUCAACGUCCGCCAAGACAACAACCACUGGCGAUCCGAGGCCGAGAAAGCAGACGAAGCCGCCCGUCGCACUGCCGGUGAGCUGGCUCAAGUAUCGGAGGAGAAUACGCGUCUGCAGAAGUCGCUCAUCGCGCUGACUACGCAACUCGAAGAGAACGAGCGCUUGCGCGAGUCAUGGCGCUCUAAAUUCAUGUCUCUCCAGGAAGACAUGGGCAAGGCUGCUCAUCAGGUUGCGGAGGAGAACGCUCGUCGCGUGAAGAAAGACCAGACCAUGUUUGCUAGACAAGAGGUCCUCGACGCCAGGUUGCAGGCUGAAGCGAAGACCCGCGAGCGCCUGGAAUUGGAGAUGGAUCGUCUCCAAAAUAACGAAAUAUCAGGCAUGCGAGCCGUCAAGGAGUGCAAGCGCCUGGAGGGCCUGUUGGUCGAACUGAACACCGAGAACCACAAGCUGCAGCAGGCGGCCUCUCGUUACCGGCUCGAGUUUGAAGAAGCUAGAGAGUCUGGCGCCAGCGAAGUUAGGCGGACCAGCGUGGCUCUGCAGAUGGAGAUUGACACCGCCAACAAUCAGGUCAAUGUCAUUCGGGAGGAGCUCGAGGAGCAAAACGCCAAGCUGCGAGCCGAGCUGGAUAACGUCAAACUAGAUGCAGACACUGCCAAGGCACAGAACGAAAUGCUUCUCGAAGAAGCUCAGACAACCAAGACGACCGCAAUCGAUGAGCUGAAACGCAAGUACGACAACAAGAUGGAAGAUGCACAGGCUCGCUUCGAGCGCCAAGUCAGCAAUGCUGCCGAAGAUGCACAGCGGACUGAGCAACAGCUCCUGGAGCGCCUAAGCCUGUCCUCUUCCAAGAUUGAACAUCUUCAGGAUCGCGUCGUUCACCUAGAAGACAAGCUUGAGAUCGCCAGGGAGGCAGCUUCGGCGGCGGCGCAAGCAGCCAAGUCUGCCAGUGUUGAGCCGGGCCAAGCCCGCGAGGCUGUGCAGACCACUCAGCCGGCCAUGAAUGAGCCCGCUUUGCCCGAGAAGAUCUCGCCGCAGGCUCUCCGAGAGUCCAUUAUGGUCCUUCAGGAGCAACUUCAAGCUCGCGAGCAACGAAUCGAAUCGCUUGAGCAAACUGUUGCCGAGUCUGACCCCGACGCGGUGUCGAAAAUAUCUAAGCGCGAUGAUGAGAUCAAUUGGCUUCGCGAGCUGCUUGCCGUGAGACAUGCUGACCUUCAGGAUAUCAUAACCGCUCUUUCCGGCGACAACGACGGUGUCGAGCGCGAGGCAGUCAGAGAUGCAGCAAUCCGGCUUAAGGCAAAUCUCCAAAUGGAACAGCAGGAGCGCGAGAGGGCCGCGAACGGCGGCUCCUCCAUCUCUCUGCCCAACCUUGCCCAGAGCAUCCAGGCUGCGACGCCUCGGGUUGCCCAAGCUGUUGGCCCUAUCGCAGCUGCAUGGGGUAAUUGGCGCAAGUCGAACCAGCCAGCGUUCCGUAGCCUCUCGGCUGCCUUAAACUCGCCUACUGGGACUAACAGAACGCCGUCUAAGAGCAGGGGCGGACCGAGCUCUCAGAGUCUUCUUGGGGGGCUCCUCACACCACCAGCCUCCGGCCCGCGUCAGGCAUCCCUCAUGGAGGGCGGCAGGCCUCAGCCGACAGCGUUUUCUAGCACCGGCCGCCGUUACACGUCCCAGGGCGGUGUCCCACGCCAUGUCCGGGGUGGGUCGAUGGCCUCUUUCCGCUCAGACCAGAUGCCUGCUGCCCAGGAAAUGUCUUUCCAAGAACGACGGGAGCAGCCCCAGACGCCGCCUAUGGCACGCAAAAGUGGCUACGACUCCGACGCUCAACCGGGCGACUUUGAUGAUCACGACUUCUUCGAAGACGAUUGA